AUGCCUAGUCCUAUUCGUCGAGAACUUGUCAAGGGCAAACUACAACCGCCAUCUCAGCCUCCCUUGCGCAAAUCUUACACCGUAACCCCGACCUCGAUUAACGAAGUCACGGUGAGGCACCCUAGUGACAAGCGAGUCAUCCAAGAUCCCAUCGAAUUCUCAUCCGUUGCCACGGCUCAGCCAUUUGUAAACCCCACGGUUAUCGUAGACCGCAGACGCAACAAUAACGACCAAGCAUGA